GGAAUAGAGACGGGUGCCACUCUUGUUCAGUCUGGAGCUCCAUCUUCCUCCUCCAUGUCAGGAUAGACCUCCUUUGCUCUGCCGGUGCCUUCCCGGAGGAUGACAUUUGGCAAAAGGGAAUACCGAAUGCAAAGAAAUACAGCAAGAUGGUCCCAAAGCCUUCGGUCAACCAUGUGAAUGCAGCAGAAGUAAACCUUCAGGUAAAAGCCAAAGUAAAAGUGUUUGUUGACUUAGUGGUAUCCUUCCAACUGUACAUGUUGUGUGUAUGUAUUGUGGCUGGGGUUAUAUGGGUUAUGAAGUUGUUAUAACCUGCUUCUAUUCCACCUUGGAUUUGUCAUUAGUCUUAGUUAUGGGACUGAAUAACAAAUUACUAAAGCCUACCAUAGCAGUAGCACCAGUGAUGUAGUGGUAAAAAAAUAGGUGGGUAAAUGCUGAUCACCGUUCGCGGAGAAUAAAGUUACGCUCCCUAUACUUUCAAUGUAUUUUCCCGCAAAAGUGGAUAAACUCUCACGCAAAAUAAAAAAGGUGCGUAAACGGCGUUUACCUGCGUUUACCCUCCACUACACCACCAAGUAGCACCAAGUUACUACAACAGAACACAUUUCAGCCUCUACAAGUCUUAAAGGAUUAAAAUGCAUAACCAUCACUCAUGAUCCCUUUGUUUAGUUCUACUACAUUUCAAUAUUAUUCAAAUAUAGGUUAUUGCUUGUCAAAGAACAAUGGGGUCAAAGUAGUGUGGGGUCAAAAGGUGAAAUACUAUUGCCAAACUUCAACAGAAGUGUUCCUUUUAAGCAUAUUGUCUGCUGUAUUGGAUUCCAAAUUAAUGUUAUUAGGUCUAUUAGUGAUACGAUGGUAAUUUUAAAAUAUUUUUUUUUGCUCUCAUGACCGGCUGUCUUUCGUGGCUAAGGCCACCAGCCAAGAGUACAGAAAUACCUCAGCUAAGCUGCUUAUGAGGUCCUCCAGAAAAUAACUCUGCACUUUUCUACUUCCCCCACCCCUCCCUCUUCCCCACUGGCCCACAGACAGCCCUUUCCAGAAAUCACCUCUCCCCCCCCCUUCUUCUGGAUGAGAAGGGAAGACUUUGACAGGACACAUAGACACAGAAAAUACAAAAAAAAUGGCGGUCUUAAAGGUGACAUUCACCAAGACCACUCGAGGCAAGCUAGCCCAGGUGUUGUGGGUCCUCAACUGGAUCUCUGUGGUAACGGGCAUCAUCCUCUUCAGCCUGGGCCUCUUCCUGAAAGUGGAGAUCCAGAAACGGAAGGAGCUUAUGUCCGCUGAUGUCCAUUCCGUGCCCGACAUGCUCAUCGCCACAGGCCUGGUGGCCUGUGCCAUCAACUUUGUGGGAGGCAAGAUCUGCUACGAUUGCGUUGACACCACCAAGUUCCUGCGAUGGAAGCUGCUGAUGCUACCAUACAUUGUGUGCACCUUCUUCUUUACCUUCUGCAUCCUGGUGGGCGCGCUCAUGUGCUACAGCAUGCGUAACGAACUGGAGGAGUCACUGUUUCUGGGAUUGCGCAACGCCAUGCUCUACUACAAGGACACAGGCACUCCGGGACGAUGCUAUUUGAAGCGCACCGUGGAUUUGUUGCAGAUCCAAUUCCAGUGUUGCGGAAACGCCGGUUUCCGCGAUUGGUUCCAUGUCCAAUGGAUCAACAACCGCUGGUUGGACAUGACCGACAGUGAAGUAACAGAGUAAGUGCAAGGACUACAGUAUAUCACCAACAGGAGCACAGUCUACCCAGCCAUCAGGGCCACAGUCUACCCAGCCAACAGGGCUACAGUCUACCCAGCCAUCAGGGCCACAGUCUACCCUGUUGACAGGGCCAGAGUGCACCCAAAUUAUACAGUGUUCUUCCCAAAUGAUACACACUUUAUGUAAGAACUUAACUAACCUUGUUGAACUUAAUUCCAACCUCCAUUACUGUCAGAAUCUGUUGGGUACUUAAUCAAGUAAAUUGAACCUGUGAAUAACCACAACAAAAUGGGCCAUCUUUGUGCCUCGUAAGACUGACAAAAUACAUACUAACAAACUUAUAGUGAACAAUACUGGAAGCAGAUGCUACCUGCUUCCAAAACCAAUACACCAAUCCUCAUCCUUAAGCUGCUCAGUCAAACCAUUAAGCAGCAACAUUGUAUCGACUGAAAAGGGUGAGGUCAAAGGUUACGAGACAGAGAUUCAUUCUGUCGGGGUCAGGAGGUCACUUUGACAGGAAAUGACCUUGCCCGGCAGGUAUGUUGAAUAAUGCGUCUCUUUUAAUAUUAGGUCUUGUAUCCGAUAAUAUUUUGUCUCAUGAUUUUCAACUUGACAAUGAUGCAUUGUCAUACAAAACCCAAAGUAUUAGAGAUUUCACAAUUUCUGAUAUAUUGCAUAGUGACUUAAAUACAAACAAAUUUCAAGCAUAAGUAACAUUUAAAAUAGUGAUGGAAGUCCAUUCAUCUACCUUUACCAAACAGCCAACCUUCGUAAUGUUUACCUCCUGAGUAACCUUCUAGCCUAAUCUCCUAACCUUACAAGUAACCUCCUAAAGAGCGGGGCAAACAUAUGGCUCUUACCUGUCUCUGGUUUGGGAAGGGGCACACUAAGAUGGACAGUUUCCUUCAUUUAUUCAUUAAGGAUGCCAAUAUGAUGCUGGGGGUUAAUAGGUUGGGUUUAAAUGGAUGAGAAAAAGUAAAGCAUCAGUAAAGUCAUAGGUCUAUCCCACUGGGCACAGACGUCAAUUCAACGUUUAUUCCACUUUGGGUCAACGUAAUUUCAUUGAAAUGACGUGGAAACAACGUUGAUUCAACCAGUCUGUGCCCUGUGGGAUGUUUCUGCUUAGAUUCUUUAGCAAGAGAGAUUAUGCCAAAUAUGACUCAGCAUAAUGGCUUAAAAGACAUCUCUCUCUUUCUUUCUCUCUCUCCUGCAGUCAUUUGAGGAGUAACGUGGAUGGCAAGUACCUGAUGGAUGGGGUGCCUUUUAGCUGCUGUAACACAUUCUCUCCACGACCCUGCAUCCAGACACAGGUCACCAACAACUCCGCCCAUUACAACUAUGAUUGGAAGACGGAUGAGCGCAACCUGUGGACGAGGGGCUGCCGCCAGGUCCUGCUGGAUCAUUACACCAACAUCAUGCAGUCCAUCGGCUUUACCGUGCUCAUCAUCUGGUUGUUCGAGGUUGGUUUUACUUAUCCUAUGCUCGCUUCUUGUCCUUUACUUGGAAAAAGCCACUAUGGGUUGACAUACCCUUUAUUUUACAUUCAGUAUUUACUUUGACAUUACAUGGUACAUGAUGGUGAUAUAAUUAUGGGGUAGUUUGAGGAGAAUAUCAAUGUAUUAAGAAUUAGGUCAUUGCUGCCAUCACAUGAUAUAUUGGUUUAUGAUAACUAUAAUUGUGGAGAUGGGGUGCACCUAAUUAUUACAGGCCCGACAAAGGCCUUGUCGUAAUAGUUCAGGAGGACACCCAGAUAUUCCAGUCCAGUGACCUGACUGUGGCAGAGGAUAUUUCCCUGAGGGCAAUACAAUUGGUGUACCCCGUCUCCAGGGAGGUGCCACUCUCCCAAUUCCAAGACCAAAUUGGGCAGGGGUUGAUCACCUUAGAGAUAACAGUCACAAAAGACAGUACAGCCUCCGAGAAGGAACGCUACCCUAACGAGAGCCAUGGGAGGAGGCCGUCGUUGUCCGGUGGAGGGAGGCUGCCAUCCACCCCCUCCAUUUUAGGGCAGCGUGUCGGCAUCUCCUUCCAGGUGACAAGAGGCAAUUUGGUUUAAAGGCCAACGUCACAGAAAUAUCCCUGAGUGCGAUGGAGACCAACAAAGAAAUGGUGAUGGACUCCUACAAGAUUACAUUUACAUUUUAGUCACUCUUAUACAGAGCGAUUUACAGUUAGUGCAUUCAUCUUAAGGUAGAUGGUGAGGCAACUACAUAUCACAGUCAUAGAAAGUACAUUUUUCCUCAACAAACUACCUAUCAGCAAAGUCAGUGCUAGUAAGAAAAGUGUGAGUGUUAGUGCAAGAAAAGCAAUGUUGUUACUUAAAGGCAGGGGUGUCUGAGACAGAAAAAGGAAAAGAGAAAGGGGGAUACCUACAAUACCAGUCAAAAAUGUGGACACACCUCCUCAUUCAAGGGUUUGUCUUUCUUUUUACUAUUUUUUACAUUGUAGAAUAAUAGUGAAGACAUCAAAACUAUGAAAUAACACAUAUGGAAUCAUGUAGUAACCAAAAAAGUGUUAAACAAAUCAAAAUAUAUUUUAUAUUAAAGAUUCUUCAAUUAGCCACCCAUUGCCUUGAUGACAGCUUUGCACACUCUUGGCAUUCUCUCAACCAGCUUCAUGAGAUAGUCACCAGGAAUGCAUUUAAAUUAACAGGUGUGCCUUCUUAAAAGUUAAUUUGUGGAAUUUAUUUCCUUCUUAAUGCAUUUGAGGUAGGAGGAUAUACAGAAGAGAGUCCUAUUUGGCAAAAGACAAAGUCCAUAUUAUGGCAAGAACAGCUCAAAUAAGCAAAGAGAAACAGUCCAUCAAUACUUUAAGACAUGAAGGUCAGUCAAUGCGGAACAUUUAGAGAACUUUGAACGUUUCUUCAAGUGCAGUCGAAAGAACCAUCAAGCGCUAUGAUGAAACUGGCUCUCAUGAGGACCACCACAGGAAUGGAAGACCCAGAGUUACCUCUGCUGCAGAGGAUAAGUUAAUUAGAGUUACCAGCCUCAGAAAUUGCAGCCCAAAUAAUUGCUUUAAAUAGUUCAAGUAACAGACACAUCUCAACAUCAACUGUUCAGAGGAGACUGUGUGAAUCAGGCCCAUGGUCGAAUUGCUGCAAAGAAAACACUAAUAAAGGACACCAAUAACAAGAAGAGACUUGCUAGGGCCAAGAAACACGAGCAAUGGACAUUAGACCGGUGGAAAUGUGUCCUUUGGUCUGGUCUCCAAAUUGGAGAUUUUUGGUUCCAACCGCCGUGGCUUUGUGGGAUGUGGUGUGGGUGAACGGAUGAUCUCUGCAUGUAUAUUUCCCACUGUAAAGCAUGGAGCAGGAGGUGUUAUGGUGUGGGGGUGCUUUGCUGGUGACACUGUCUGUGAUUUAUUUAGAAUUCAAGGCACACUUAACCAGCAUGGCUACCACAGCAUUCUGCAGUGAUACGCCAUCCCAUCUGGUUUGGGUUUAGUGGGACUAUCAUUUGUUUUUCAACAGGACAAUGACCCAACACACCUCCAGGCUGUGUACGGGCUAUUUUACCAAGAAGGAGAGUGAUGGAGUGCUGCAUCAGAUGACCUGGCCUCCACAAUCCCCCAACCUCAACCCAAUUGAGAUGGUUUGGGAUGAGUCGGACGGCUGAGUGAAGGAAAAGCAGCCAACAAGUGCUCAGUAUAUGUGGGAACUCCUUCAAGACUGUUGGAAAAGCAUUCCAGGUGAAGCCGGUUGAGAGAAUGCCAAGAGUGUGCAUGGGUGGCUAUUUGAAGAAUCUCAAAUAUAAAAUAUAUUUUGAUUUGUUUAACACUUUCUUGGUUAAUACAUGUUUCCAUAUGUGUUAUUUCAUAGUUUUGAUGUCUUAACUAUUAUUCUACAAUGUAGAAAAUAGUAAAAAUAAAUAAGAAAAACCCUGGAAUGAGUAGGUGUGUCCAAACCUUUGACUGUUACUGUAGUCAGUUGUACAACUGAAUGCAUUCAACUGAAAAAUGUCUUCCACAUUUUACCCAAACCCUCUGAAUCAGAGGGGGCCCCAUUGAGUAAAGAGUUUUUUUUUUGGAGACGACUUAAUCAUAAAUCCUUUCAUCAAUAUUGAAACCAAGCACCUCAUAUUACUCUAGGUUGGGCAGAGUCAUGUUAUUUUAUGACAAAAACUUGAAUACUUGGCGCUGUCCUUGUUGCAAGCAAAGGAAUUAUUGUCUACACAAGUGCAUUGCAAAAAUGCAUUUGAUCCAGAUACAGUGAGGGAAAAAAGUAUUUGAUACCCUGCUGAUUUUGUACGUUUGCCCACUGACAAAGAAAUGAUCAGUCUAUAAUUUUAAUGGUAGGUUUAUUUGAACAGUGAGAGACAGAAUAACAACAAAAUAAUCCAGAAAAACGCAUGUCAAAAAUGUUAUAAAUUGAUUUGCAUUUUAAUGAGGGAAAUCAGUAUUUGACCCCCUCUCAAUCAGAAAGAUUUCUGGCUCCCAGGUGUCUUUUAUACAGGUAACGAGCUGAGAUUAGGAGCACACUCUUAAAGGGAGUGCUCCUAAUCUCAGUUUGUUACCUGUAUAAAAGACACCUGUCCACAGAAGCAAUCAAUCAAUCAGAUUCCAAACUCUCUACCAUGGCCAAGACCAAAGAGCUCUCCAAGGAUGUCAGGGACAAGAUUGUAGACCUACACAAGGCUGGAAUGGGCUACAACACCAUCGCCAAGCAGCUUGGUGAGAAGGUGACAACAGUUGGUGCAAUUAUUCGCAAAUGGAAGAAACACAAAAGACUGUCAAUCUCCCUCGGCCUGGGGCUCCAUGCAAGAUCUCACCUCGUGGAGUAGCAAUGAUCAUGAGAAUGGUGAGGAAUCAGCCCAGAACUACCUAGGAGGAUCUUGUCAAUGAUCUCAAGGCAGCGGGGACCAUAGUCACCAAGAAAACAUUAGGUAACACACUACGCCGUGAAGGACUGAAAUCCUGCAGCACCCGCAAGGUCCCCCUGCUCAAGAAAGCACAUAUACAGGGCCGUCUGAAGUUUGCCAAUGAACAUCUGAAUGAUUCAGAGGAGAACUGGGUGAAAGUGUUGUGGUCAGAUGAGACCAAAAUCGAGCUCUUUGGCAACAACUCAACUCGGCGUGUUUGGAGGAGGAGGAAUGCUGCCUAUGACCCCAAGAACACCAUCCCCACCGUCAAACAUGGAGGUGGAAACAUUAUGCUUUGGGGGUGUUUUUCUGCUAAGGGGACAGGACAACUUCACAGCAUCAAAAGGACGAUGGACGGGGCCAUGUACCGUCAAAUCUUGGGUGAGAACCUCCUUCCCUCAGCCAGGGCAUUGAAAAUGGGUCGUGGAUGGGUAUUCCAGCAUGACAAUGACCCAAAACACACGGCCAAGGCAACAAAGGAGUGGCUCAAGAAGAAGCACAUUAAGGUCCUGGAGUGGCUAACCAGUCUCCAGACCUUAAUCCCAUAGAAAAUCUGUGGAGGGAGCUGAAGGUUCGAGUUGCCAAACGUCAGCCUCGAAACCUUAAUGACUUGGAGAAGAUCUGCAAAGAGGACUGGAACAAAAUCCCUCCUGAGAUGUGUGCAAACCUGGUGGCGAAGAAACGUCUGACCUCUGUGAUUGCCAACAAGGGUUUUGCCACCAAGUUCUAAGUCAUGUUUUGCAGAGGGGUCAAAUACUUAUUUCCCUCAUUAAAAUGCUUUUUUGACAUACGUUUUUUUCUGGAUUUUGUUGUUGUUAUUCUGUCUCUCACUGUUCAAAUACACCUACCAUUAAAAUUAUAGACUGAUCAUGUCUUUAUCAGUGGCCAAACGUACAAAAUCAGCAGGGGAUCAAAUACUUUUUUCACUCACUGUACAUGCUAAAGUUUUCAAUGAAGUUAUUAGCACAGACAAUUAAGUAUUUACCACCUGUACAGCAGAAGCUGUUCCAGAGGAUGAUGAGCAAAGUUCCUAAGAGAAUGUUCCUCUAUAUCCACCAAAAGGAAAGACACUGACUGGCUCAAAGGGUCUGCCUAAUCCUCUUCCCAAUGGAAGAGGAGGGGAGGAUACAGUAGUGCCCAGGGGCAUCUGGAGUGGGGACGCGGGGCAUUAUGCCACCGCUCUUCCUUUCUCAAGUGUCUAACCUGGCCUGGAGGAGUGGUGUCAGAGGGUUGUGGCCUCCCUCAAAAAGAAGCUGAUAAGCCCCACAGAACAUGGAGGGGGAGAAAAGGGAGGAGGCAGGAAAGCAGAGUAGAUGGCCAGUCAUUUUAGAAUAAAGUAGGAAAAUGGGAAUUCAGAUCUCUUUAUUAUAGGCUUUUCAAUAAUAAAGAAAUUAAGAAAUACCUACAGUGUAAUUCAACUUCCAUUUUCCUCCAAGUGGCUGAUCAUUUCCGUAUAUCAAUAAGGUUGUAUUUCUUUACAUAAUCUCUCGAACUGUGGAGCUACAAGGUAGUAACAAGGUAGAGUGACAUCUUUUUUCCUAUUUUCCCCAACAGCUAUGGGUUCUGACAGGCGUGCGCUAUCUCCAGACAGCUAUGGAGAACCUUCUACGGCAAGGUGACCCUGACUUGGAGUCUGACGGCUGGCUCCUGGAGAACAGCAUCGCCGAGACAGCCCGCUCUAACUUCAAAAUCAUCAAGAACCUGGGCAAGUGCUACCAGGUGGACGAUGAUCCUAACAUCGACGUUCCAAGUACGGCUCAGCAAGAGGUGCCCACUCGCCAGAUCCCUGUGGCUAGAUAGCACAGUGCAGCAUCCCUUGGCCACGGCUGAGGCACGCAAAUGGGCAUCAAGUCCCAUCAUCACCAGGUGUAAGCCUUUUGGAUGGCAUAUCUGUCACCAAAUUAAACGUACGACAGCUGUGAACUGAGGGAUCAAAGGUGAGAGGGAGUGUAACGGGAGUGCAGCAGUUCACCACAAAGACACAACAACAGGAUCAAGGACAGCCGAUAUAGAGCGUGCGAUGAAAAUGACCUGCUUUAUCACAUGAUAUUGCAGCACCUGCAUCAUCUAAACUGACAAAAGAGAUCUCAGUUGAAGAAUAUGAACUGGCUGCAACUCUGUCCUUGUGGCAUACUCAACUGUCUGGUGGGGCAUUCCAUUAAGCUGAAGGGGAGCAGGGCAAAGUGAAAUGAGGUCAAAUAAGUGUAAAACCCAGUUGUACAACCCCAUAGACAUUGCAGACAUGGUACAGUCUGAUUGCAAUAUAAUGUCAUAUAAUGGGCCACAUGUUAUGGGCAACAAUUAUGCCAAAAAAGUGAUGGACAUAAACUUUAACAAAUUGUAUAAAAGGAAAUGGAAACAGCAAAUUUGAAUUGCCUUCUACAGUUUCUUCAACUCAAUCUCCUGUGUAUAACUUUUGAAGAUGCAAGAAAGUAUUCACACUCCUUUACUUUUUCCACAUUUUGUU